AUGUACGCGCGCCCCCAAUGCACGUUCUACCGCGUGUGCCAGACGUGCGAGGCACAGAAGCGGUGCUACAAGUGCGGCGCGGCCAAGCCGGAAAGUGCAUUCGGGGCGGCCGCGUGGAAAGGGCGCCAUGCAGACCGACGUGUCUGCAGGGACUGCGCCAUGAAAGUCAAGGGUGCGUGGCGCUGCGCCGUGUGCACGGAACGUAAGGCGCGCAAUGGCUUCAGCGCCUGGUCCAGGCAGCGCGCUGCACCGCAAGACGGAACGCAGCGUUGCAACGCUUGUGUCCUCAGCGCGGCCAAGCGCGCAGCAGCGCAGCGCGCAAACAACAGACGUGCGCGGCGCAGAGGACGGCCUGCCCGGGCGGAUGCACGGGUCUACAGCUGCCACGGGCAGCGGUUGCCACGAAGUGUCGCGCAUAGAGCCAUACGGCGCCUGGCUGCGACGCGGACGAAAGUAGCCGAAGAAAAGAGACAGCAAGUCAUAGGUCUUGUACGGGAAGAGAUCGCUGACCAUGUGCGACAGAAGCAAGCCGAGGAUGAGGUGCUCUUUCCCCGGGCGCAGGAGCCGAACCGGAGCAAAGAAAGCCAGACGGCUCAAAGCAAGACGGAACCGGAGGCACAAAGGCUCUCCACAGACAGCAUGCCGUCGCGCAAACGCCGCAUGGAACCACGACAAGACAAGCGCGCACAGCCGACGCCCACCAAGACCCAGCCCCGCACUCAGACAAUGCAAGUAGCACAGGCAGAGCCUGCAGCGAAGUGUGCAGAAGACGUGUCGGUGAGCAGCCAAGCCAGGACAGCGCCUCCGCCACAACGAAAGUCGCAGGCAAAGCCGCAACAAGCGACGCAAGCCACCCCGACCGUCGCGCAGACGACAAACGCACCGCCGGCAAAGUUGGCUGGACAGACGGCCGCCGCGGAAACGUUCCAAUAUGCGUGUCCGUUUUGUGAGGUGUCUGUGACCAGCACUGUGCGCACAGGCCAAGUAGAUCACCGCCGUGUGUGCGGGAAGUUGUUUCGUGUCAAAGACGGACACGUUGCCGCCAAGAACUUAGUCUAUGCGUGUCCAUUUUGCAAUGGAACUGUGGCGAGUAACGUGAGGACAGGGCGGGUAGAUCACCGAACCGUGCGCGGCAACCGAUUCCAUGUGAAAGAAGGCACGGUUAGCACACAGACGCGGCAGCAUGAGGUGCUCGCUCCCCGGGCGCAGGAGCCGAAUCGGAGAAAAGAACGCCAGAUGGCGCAAAGCAAGACGGAACCGGAGGCACAAAGGCUCUCCACAGACAGCCUGCCGUCGCGCAAACGCCACAUGGAACCACAACAAGACAAGCAAGCACAGCCGACGCCCACCAAGACCCAGCCCUGCACACAGACAACGCAAGUAGCACAGGCAGAGCCUGCAGCGAAGCGUGCAAAACACGUGUCGGUGAGCAGCCAAGCCAGGACAGCGCCGCCGCCACUACGAAACUCGCAUGCAAAGCCGCAACAAGAGACGCAAGCCACCCCGACAGCCGCGCAGACGACACUCGCACCGCCGGCAAAGUUGGCUGGACAGACGGCCGCCGAGGAAAUCUUCCAUUAUGUCACGUGCCAAGAGUUCUGCGCGGCGUGCUCCACCAACGAGCCCGUGCAGCUGGACACCUUGGUGAAGAUCUUCGACAAGGACCGGAAACUCGGUUGCCUGGAGAACUUCUUCCUCGACAAGACGCUCGGCGAGGUCCGACGUGCUGCAGAAGCCGAGAGCGAUUCUGCGGCGCAAGAGGAGGAAUUGGACGAUUCCGAGGAGGCGCACGCGGAGCACUCCCGGGUGGUUCAGGCCUACAGAGAUGUCCAGUUCAUGUUGAAGGACUUGGGCCGCAUCGAACAGCUGGCGCUCAAGACAGCUCAGGAUUUGGACGUGAACCCCAACACCUUGGGAUUGGUUGGCACAAGCAAUCAUCCGGGUGUGGCGGCACCCGCUGGCAGUGUGCCUCCCAAGCUGAAGCGCUCGGUCUCGGAAGAUUCCAUUGGAGACGAGGCCUCGAUGGAGAAGCGCGACCCCCGCGACAUCGAGUUCGGCGCCCGGAGACCGGUGGAAACGACCGGGUCCGGCAUGGCUGGUACGGAGCCCACGGAGCUUGAAGUGGGGAAGCAAAAGAGCCCACGAACCUUUCCAGUCUUGAGAAGCUUCAAAGCGCUGGAUGCGGAGAAAGCAGAGCGGAAAAAAGACGCCACUGCCGCCUUUGCAGAUGUCAGUGUCUACUUGGGUGCUUCUGUGAGGGAUCGAUCCAGCCAGACGCUCUACGGCACCUUCCACGAACACGCCACCAGCGUGCUCGCCAGGUCGGUUCGCGAUGUCUUCCAUGUCCAGACGAUCCUGAACGGCAGGUUUCUCUAUCCCACCCAGGAGGGUCGAGGCCAUUUCUCCACGGUGGCCUCUUGGUGGGAAGCUGCCAACAACUCCAGGUACUAUUGGCCGCCACGUGGCACGGGAGACUUGGCCUCCUGUGAUUAUUCGCCCAACGGAACCGUGGUGGUCUUCCGCGGUUUUUCCUUCCUGUCCUUCCAGUACGGCCAUGUCUUGCAUGAUUUGCUGCCGGUCUUGGUGUGGAUGGCUGCCUCGUUUCCACAAGGCAAGUUGGCAGUGGAGCUGGACGACAAGAAGAAGAUCAAAGCGUUCUUGAGAUGGUUUGAUCCAGACCUCAAAAGGCGAGCCUUUUUCAUUGAACCGGAGAAGGUGGUUUGUGCGACCACCUUGCUAGCGGUGGUGCCUAACAGCUGUUGCUCUUCGCCGCAGUAUCUGCGCAUUCCACAGCUCUUCAACCACUUGAAGCAGCGCAUUUCACGGACCCACGUCUGGAACGAGGCCACACAGGUCGUGUAUGAGAUCCGACUGCCUAAUACAGCGGAGCAUGGCCGCUUGUUGAGUUCAGCGCAUUCUGAAGAGGUUCUGCAGCUGGCGAAGAAGAUGCUGAGAUACUACAGCUUGCCAGAUGAUGUGAUCGAAUUCGAUGGCACAUCUCGUGGUGCAACGGCCAGUUUUCAAGAGCAAUUCCGGAUCUUUAACUCAGCUUAUUUGGUCUUCGGUCCGCAUGGCACGGGUUUUUCCAACAUCAUCUGGAUGCGUUGCGACCAGCCCGUGGCUGUGAUCGAGUUCGUGUGCGGCGCACACUCGCGGAACGUGCGCGGCUGCCUUCGAAGCGGUGCCGGCUUCGCCACCUAUUGGACGUUGCUCGGGGGAGCGCAGUGGGUACGCUAUUUCCAUGUCUUUGUGCAAGAUACAUCGACCGAGGUGAACGACUUCAUGGAAGUCGAUCUCCUGGGUUUCUCGAUGGCCUUAAGGGCUGCGUUGACGAACAUCACGGUCGAACGACAGACGCUGAAGAAAACGACCGAGACAGAACGCUUGGAACCCUGA